AUGGGGGUUCUUGCACUGCUGUUGAGGGUACUGGGCUUCCUGGGGUUGGCUCUGGGGGGCUCUCCUGACCUCCUCUGGGACAGCACCUCCUGCCACUUGGCCAAGCCCAUCCCUGGCAACCCUCUGGGGUCCCUAAGCUUCCUGGGCAAGGAUGCUCAGGGACUGGCCCUGUUCCAUGCCCACUGGGAUGCGUACGGGAGGCUACAGGCAUGUAGCCGGCAGGAUGGACUGGAACUCACCACAGCCUUCAGAGCCCUCUGUGCUCAGGAGACCACCCAGGGCUCCUUCAUCCACUCCCCUGGGCCAGAGCUGCAGAGAGCACUGGCCACCCUUCAGAGUAAGUGGGAGGCCUGCUGGGGGCCUGAGGAGAGUCCAGCAGGGGCCAGGGAGAAGCAACCAGCAGGGCAGAGUGCAGUGCUUAGCAGAGGCCACCCACGAGUGAAGAGAGGCUGGACAGUGCCUGGCACACUGUGGUGUGGAGUUGGCAACUCCGCUGGGAACUCCUCGGAGCUGGGGGUCUUCCAGGGCCCUGAUCUCUGCUGCCGUGAACACGACCGCUGCCCACAGAACAUCUCACCCUUGCAGUACAAUUAUGGUAUCCGAAACUACCGAUUCCACACCAUCUCCCACUGUGACUGUGAUACCAGGUUCCGGGAAUGCUUGAGGAACCAGCGAGACUCCAUCUCAGACAUCGUGGGUGUGGCCUUCUUCAAUGUGCUGGAGAUCCCCUGCUUUGUGCUGGAAGAACAGGAGGCGUGUGUGGCGUGGUACUGGUGGGGCGGGUGUAGGACAUAUGGCUCAGUGCCUCUCGCUCGCCUCCAGCCCAGGACCCUCUACAAUGCUUCCUGGAGCUCCCCAGCCACCUCCCUGACUUCCAGUCCCCAGAGCCAAUCCCCUACCAAGCAUCGACGGAAGCAGCACCCUCAGAAGUGGCUGCCACAGUGGAAAAAGUCCAAGCAUCCCAGCAAAGCCAACAUCACAGCCUUCCAGGUCCCUGUGACCUCCCUCAAGCCUGAUGUGACCCCCACAGCCCAGUUGCCAGUCCCCCAUCCAGGCCUUCAGGGCCCAUGGAGUGGCCUCAAAUCUCAGGGUGCCCACUGGGCCUGUCGUAGCUUCCGCCACUUGGACCAAUGUCAGCAUCGCAUUGAGCCCCAGGAAACCAAGUUCCAGCUAUUCAACAGCGCCUUUGCACCUCUCUUCCACUGCAACUGCACUCGCCGGCUAGCACGCUUCCCGAAGCUCCAUGGUCCACAUGCAGGCACCAAUAUGAUUUGGGAAGAGCUGGGCACGACAUGCUUCAAGCUGGUCCCACCACCAGAAUGUGGUGAUGGCAAAGAGUAA